AGCCUCUCGUACGGUCAGCAGGACCUAUAACCCGGCCCUUUACAAGACUCAUUUCGCGAGUGUGGAGUGCAGUGGAGACGGUGUUAAAAUUAAAGCAUUUAAUUUAGCCGCUUUUUACAGUGAACUGUGAAACUGUGGUAAUUUAUCGCUUCUGAAUGUUUAUAUUUUAAAGUACAAUGUAAGCGGCGUAAUGCGUAAGCGCCUGUGAUGUAUCCUCUAAUAUGCAGUGGAGCGGCCUUAACCUUGUGUGUUUAGCGUUAUGCUGUUUCCAUACUGCAUCAGAACCGUUGCAUAUAGAAGAUCACGUCCGAACGCGCCGAAGCGAUGAGAAGGACGGCUUGGCAUUAUCCAGAGAGAUUUUCAGGAACAUUACUAAGAAAUUGCGAGAAAGCAUACGAGAGGGUCCGACUGACAACGAUCAUUUAUUACAGGGUAAAGUUGAGGAGUCCCGCCAGUAUGCCCCAUACCAGGAAUUGCACCACCACGAGCGGCACUGGGGACCGUAUUUCGAAGAGAGGAACAUUACGCAAGUGACGGCACAUGUAGGGGCCGAGGCGCUGCUCAAUUGCAGGGUCGUUAUGCUCAAGGAUAAAACUGUAAUGUGGCUCCGUCACACAACAGAAACGGCUCAACUCUUAACCGUUGGGCCCGCGCCGUACGCCGGCGACAAUCGCGUAGCUUCGAAAUUCCAAUAUCCUAAUAACUGGAGAUUGAGCAUCAACCCCGUGAAGUGGUCGGACGCCGGCCGGUACAUGUGCCAAAUAUCGACUCACCCGCCAAGAACGAUAUAUACAGAUUUGACUGUGUUACCUCCUGUUCUCACAAUUAACGGUGAUUCCACGCACGAUGUCAAGGACAAAUUUUACAAAGCAGGAAGCUCCAUAAAGCUAACAUGCGUAAUAUCUGACGAGUUUGUAACCACAUUACCUACAAAAGUACCAAUGAUAAUAACUACGCCAACCACGUCAGCCCCCCUCACAACCACCACAGAAAUGACUACGAAAAUGAGUACAAUAUUAAAUAAAUUAGAUUUAAUGUUAAAUAAGAGUUGGAGCGUAGAAACUACGACGAUAACGUCGACUGUUAGUAUAAGUACCACUACAAAAAGCGUUGAGGCGAAGACAGAAGUGACUGUGCAGCCAGUCACUAGGCCAGUAUUGAAUAAUAUUUAUGGUUUAGUGUGGAGGAAACAAGGGAAGGACAUAGUGAAUUUUAUUACGUGGAGAAAUAUGAGUGCCACAUUUAGCGUAUCUGCAGCAUCACAGAACGACAGUGGUCUAUAUAGCUGUCAUUUGUUGAACCACUCACAAGUUUCUAUUAAUGUACAUGUCCUAAGUGGCGAAAAUCAAGCGGCAGUCCACCACGAUACAUGGAACAAGGGUUCAUUGUUUUGGCAACCUCAGAUACUAUACCUACUCGCUAUUGUCCUACUUUCAUCAUUUUUUACUUGAACUAAGAUAAAUAAAUAAUCAUUGUGGGCUAUAAGCCCAAGACAAGCUUGCAUGA